AUGGUGAAGGUGAAUAACGGAGUGAGUGUCAAGGUUUUAGUUCAAUGGGCUAACUUGAAGGCGGAGGAUGCAACUUGGGAAGAUUGGGGAUACCUCAAAAGCAAGUUCCCAGAAUUUGUGGAAGUCACAAAUAUUAUCCAUCUACAAGAUCAGAAAUUGAGUAUCAAAAAAGGAGACUAUGCUACAUCCAAAAGGACAGGAGAAGAGUUUGUUGUUGUGACUGUCAGCUUCAACAAAACUUUUGCUGGUGCCACUGUCAUCUACUGUGAUGAGGUGGCUGUAAUGGAGAGGGUUUCCAGUGAAGAAGUGUUACCAAAGGAUUUUCCACUAGGUUUUUGGUGUUUUGUGGCUGUGCAGAUAUUGGGCGAAAUGGGAGAAGAGAGAGAAGUAAUAUUCAGAGAUAUAAGACGAUAUUACUGUGAAUUUUGUGGGAUUUGCCGCUCCAAACAGUCCCUUAUCUCCUCUCAUAUCCUCUCCUAUCAUCAAGAUGAAAUGGAGAAGCGGAAAGAUGAGGCAAAUGAAGAUGCAAAGAUAAAGAAAUGUCCAAAACUGAAUAUUUGUGAAGAAUGUGGUGUGAGCUUUCAGAAGCCUGCUCAUUUGAAGCAGCAUAUGCAGAGUCAUUCACUCGAGAGGCUAUUUGUUUGCCAUAUAGAUGAUUGCCAGUCCAGCUACCGUAGAAAGGAUCACUUGACGAGACAUCUCUUGCAGCACCAAGGGAAGUUGUUUGAGUGUCCCGUUGAUGGUUGCAAACGCUCAUUUAGUAUUCAAGGCAACAUGACUCGGCAUGUCAAAGAGAUGCAUGACCACUGUGCCUCCCCUGAGGCCAAUCUUCCAAAGCACUAUGUCUGUUCAGAACCUGGUUGUGGGAAGGUGUUUAAAUUUGCAUCCAAAUUAAAGAAACAUGAGGAUUCUCAUGUUAAGUUGGAGACGAUGGAGGCACUUUGUUUAGAGCCAGGCUGUAUGAAACAUUUCACAAAUGAGAAAUGCCUCAAGGAACACAUAGAGAGUUGCCACCAGCAUAUUGUGUGUGAAAUAUGUGGAACCAAGCAAUUGAAGAAGAAUAUUAAGCGGCAUCUCCGGACGCAUGAAGAAGAGUCUACAUCGGAAAGAAUAAAAUGUGAAUUCCAGGAUUGUCAGCACACUUUCUCCACUAAAUCAAAUCUUAUUAAGCACGUCAAAGCUGUGCACUUGGGGGAUAAACCAUUCUCAUGUAGCAUUGUUGGUUGUGAUAUGAAAUUUGCCUUCAAGCAUGUGAGAGAUAGACAUGAAAAGUCUGGCUGCCAUGUUUAUACUCCUGGUGAUUUCAUAGAGGCUGACGAGCAAUUCCGUUCCAGACCCAGAGGUGGUAGGAAGAGGAAGCUUCCUGUUUUCGAGGCAAUUAUGCGGAAAAGGAUAACACCACCCUGCGGUACAGAUCCUGUGUUCUAUCAAGGAUCAGAAUAUCUCUCAUGGUUACUCUCAGCAGAAUCAGAUGAAGAGCUGUGAGUCUAUCUUUGGCCAGAUGCUGUGUCAAAUCAUGGGCCAGAAAUCUCAUGAUUCUUCUCAGUUGAAUCGGAGGAUGAACUCUGAUCGUCUCCUGGACAGCUUCUUGGCAGAUAGCUAGUGUAUAUGCUGUCCAUAAGUUUUUACUAGAAAAAAGUAUACGCUGUCCAUAAGUUAAAUUUUACCUACACAUUUGGUUAGCUCUUGGCAUAGAUUUGGCUACUAAGCCUUCCAAAUAGUUCUCCACAGUGCAAUAAUACUAGUAUUCAGUUGUCAUUCACUGCAACUACUUUACGAAGGAAAAAUGUUAAUGUCCUUAACAGUAUACACAAUAUGGAGAGCCAUCUCUUCCGCUUUGGAA